GAAAGUUCACAGCGAAAUGGGUACCAGCGGCGGCGGAGACGGCAGCGUGGAAGUAAAGAGAGCGUUCAUCGGAGCAGGAUGCAACAGAAUAGUCAAUAACGUCUCUUAUGGCGCCUCUGAUUUCGCGGCUUUCGGCUCUCAAAACGCCGUCGCCAUUUUCUGCCCCAAGAGUGCUCAGAUUUUGACUACGCUUCCGGGUCACAAGGCUUCCGUGAACUGCACUCACUGGCUUCCAAGUGCUAAGUUUGCUUUUAAAGCUAAACACUUUGAGCGGCAUUACCUGCUUUCUGGAGAUGCUGAAGGCGCCAUUAUUUUGUGGGAAUUAUCUGUUCUUGAAGGAAAGUGGAGGCAUGUAUUACAAGUACCAGAAUCACACAAGAAAGGUGUCACGUGCAUUAGUGCAAUUAUGGUUUCUGAAACUGAAGCAAUCUUCGCAUCAACAUCUUCGGAUGGUACAACUUACAUAUGGGAGGUGGCUUUUCCAUCUACUAGUGGAGGUGAAUGUAAAUUGUCGUGUCUGAACUCUAUCUCUAUUGGUUCAAAACCUAUGGUAGCACUCUCAUUGGCGGAGCUGCCUGGAAGUAAUGGACGUAUAGUCUUGGCAAUGGGAGGAUUGGAUAGUAAAAUACAUCUUUAUUGCGGUGAGAGAACUGGACAGUUUGUUCAUGCUUGUGAGUUGAAAGGGCAUACAGAUUGGAUCCGAUGUCUGGAUUUCUCGUUGCCUAUACAUAUUGAUGACACGACAGAAACUAUUCUCCUUGUAAGUUCUUCUCAGGACAGAGGCAUUCGGAUAUGGAAGGUUGCACUACGUGGAGACACAAAAGAAGAAAAUAGUUUAGCAUCUUAUAUAAAAGGCCCUGUACUUGUUGCUGGGACAUCCUCAUAUCAAGUAUCUUUGGAGUCUCUGCUAAUUGGACAUGAGGAUUGGGUAUAUUCGGUUGAAUGGCAACCCCCUUCUUCUGCAUCUGGAGAAGGAGUUUCGUACUACCAACCCCAAAGCAUCUUAUCCGCAUCGAUGGACAAGACAAUGAUGAUCUGGCAACCAGAAAGAACUUCUGGCAUCUGGAUGAAUGUUGUUACUGUUGGGGAAUUAAGUCAUUGUGCACUGGGGUUUUAUGGGGGUCACUGGAGCUCAAAUGGAGAUGCAAUUUUAGCACAUGGAUAUGGUGGAUCGUUCCAUAUCUGGAAAAAUAUUGGUGUUGACUCUGAUAAUUGGCAGCCACAAAAAGUUCCAUCUGGACAUUUUGCAGCAGUAACAGAUAUUUCAUGGGCUAGGUUGGGUGAAUACUUGUUGUCCGUUAGUCACGACCAGACAACUCGAAUUUUUGCUCCUUGGCAAAAUGAAGCUUCUCUUAGUAAUGGGGAUGCUUGGCAUGAAAUUGCUCGCCCUCAAGUCCAUGGUCAUGACAUUAACUGUGUUACCAUUAUCCAAGGAAAGGGGAACCAUCGAUAUGUCAGUGGAGCCGAUGAAAAAGUUGCCAGGGUAUUUGAAGCUACUUUGUCUUUUCUAAAGACGUUGAAUCAUGCCGUGUCACAAGAUAGUGUUUUUGAAGAUCUCCAAACAGGUGUUCAGGUUUUGGGUGCGAACAUGUCUGCCCUUGGACUAUCACAGAAGCCUAUCUAUGUGCAAGCUAAGCAGGAGACCCCAAGCAGGAUUGGUAAUGAGAACCUAGACACACUUGAAACUAUUCCUGAUGCGGUCCCAGUAGUGUUAACUGAACCUCCUAUUGAAGAUCAACUGGCAUGGCAUACACUAUGGCCAGAGUCUCACAAACUCUAUGGUCAUGGUAACGAACUUUUCUCUCUAUGUUGUAAUCAUCAAGGGAAUCUGGUAGCCUCAUCAUGUAAGGCCCAGUCAGCAACAGUAGCAGAAGUAUGGCUAUGGCAAGUCGGUUCAUGGAAAGCAGUUGGUCGCUUGCAGUCUCACAGCUUGACGGUUACACAGAUGGAAUUCUCCCAUGAUGACAAACUACUCUUAACUGUUUCAAGGGAUCGCCAGUUUUCUAUUUUCGCAAUCAAAGGAACAGGCACCGAGGAAAUAAGUCACGAGCUUAUAGCAAGGAAAGAGGCACACAAGAGAAUUUUAUGGGCAUGCUCAUGGAACCCACAUGGUUACGAAUUCGCAACAGGUUCCAGAGACAAGACUGUGAAAAUCUGGGGUGUCGAAAACCAAUCGUCAGUUAACCUGCUCUUAAUGUUACCACCUUUCAAAACUAGUGUCACGGCCCUAUCUUGGAUUGGCCUUGGCAACAACAGAAGCAAUGGGUUGCUAGCAGUUGGAAUGGAAAAUGGACUCAUUGAAUUGUGGAAUCUGUUCAUAAACAGAAUAAACGACAGAAGUACAAAAGCACCACCUGCAACUGCCGCACUUUUUGCACGGCUCGAUCCAUUGAUGUGCCACGUUUCUGCAGUAAACCGUUUGGCGUGGAGGAUCCCCGAGAAGAGUGACAAAGAAUGCAGCAAUCUACAGCUCGCGUCUUGUGGAGCUGACCAUUGUGUGAGAGUGUUUGAUGUAAAGGAUCUUGCAUUUGGACUACACAAAUUGCCAAGGAAAACUGGGACUUAUUUAUCAUAGUUCUGUGGACGCGAUCGCUGGUGGGGCCGCGAGCUCAGACGCCAUGCGACAUUGACAGAUUUGUUUUCAUAAACCUUUUUUAGUAGAUGGCAUUCGCAGCCAGUUGCUAUGGAAUUGACAAGAGUUGAUGUAGCGUUUGUGCAAACGACGUCGUUGAUUCUCAUUCUCCAUAACCUAAAAAUCUACAAAGAGGGAGUUGAUGUUUGUGUAGUGGGAAAGGAUAUUCUAUUAGGUCAUUGGGUUUUGUCAUCCAAGGGCAUAGAUUUUUGCAAAUAAGGUAGUGGAUGAUUUGCCAAUUUUGUCUCUUCUCUUUUAUGUUUAUGACGAUGGUGGUGGUGUUGUUGCUUUUUUU